CUAUCUUUGAGCAUCGAUGAUCGAGGACGUUGUGGUAAAGGAUGGAAUGAAAAUGGAGUCCCGUCUCUCUCAUUUCGCUGUAUUGAAACAUGUACAAUACAUUACACGGCGCUGAGAUUGAGUCUUUCUACGUGGCUCAUAUUACGAUUUACGGCUGAAUACCGGAUAAAUUACUCUUCAUUUGAGUUAGAUUCGUCACAUGACUGUAAUAAAUUUGGACAUUGUGGGCAACUUGUGACAGCAGCAGCAUCAGCAUAAAAUUGAGCUUAAGAUUGAUUGUAAGGAGUGCAAGGCAUACGAGAGGACAUCAAGAUGAGUCAUGAGAACGGAGCUGGCUAUGGAGAAGAUGAUUUGGAUGAUACCUUUGAGCAGGACCUUCACAACAUGAUCAGGGAGGGUGCAGGGGGUAUCAUGAACCCCCUCCCAGGUUCCACAGAAGGGGGUGGAGCUGGAGGAGGAGGGGCAUCCCUUAAUGUGAGUCAAGGAAAUAAUAGAUUUACAGGAGUGGAUCUGAACAGCCCUCAGAAGGGGAAUCCCCCACCUUCAGCAAUCAAUGUCCAUCCGAACCCUAAUCUGGGUGCCAGGCUUGCAAAUCCAAGAGCUGCCAGAGGCUCACAACCCUCACGUCUUGUAGGUUCAUAUGCAAAUAGGCGCCCCUUCACAAAAUCCUCACCGAUCCCAUUCCAGAAACCACCAACCGAGAGUCCAAUGGAUGAACAAGGAGGCCAUGGAUACAGCAAUCCCAUGUCUGGUCCUAAUGGAGACCAGACCUCAUCCGCCAUGGCUAAGGCUAAACUUGAUAGCUUUAAGAACUGGAGUAUCUCAACAUACAAAUGUACUAGACAGAUGGUGCAGGAGAAACUUGGUAAGGCCUCCAGGACUGUAGACCUGCAGCUAGAAGCCCAGAUAGAGGUCCUUCGGGACACGCAACGGAAGUACGCUCACAUUCUCAAGCUCACCAGAGCCCUCACUAAUCAGUUCUACCUGGUGGUCCAGACACAGAGGUCCCUCGGUGAUGCAUUUGGUGAGCUCUCGCAGAAGUCACUGGAGCUUCAAGAGGAGUUCUCAUAUAACGCUGAGACACAGAAAUCACUCUGCCUGAAUGGAGAAACACUGCUUAGCGCCCUCAACUUCUUCACAUCAAGUGUAAGCACACUCUGCAAUAAGACCAUGGAAGACACGCUGCUCACGGUUAAGGCCUAUGAGUCAGCAAGGAUAGAGUACGAUGCAUACAGAGCAGACAUGGAGCACUUGUCAUUAGCACCCAAAGAUGCCCAGACCCAGGCCAGACUUCAUGAAGCAAGACAGAAAUAUGAAAACCAGAAAGAAAAGUUUGAUAAGCUAAGACAAGAUGUGUCAGUCAAACUCAGAUUCUUGGAUGAAAACAAGGUGAAGGUGAUGCAUAAGCAGUUACUGCUGUUCCACAAUGCUGUUUCUGCAUACUUCUCUGGUAAUCAACAAGCACUUCAAGCAACGCUCAAACAGUUCAACAUCAAGCCUAGAGCACCCAGUGAGAUGCAACCAUCAUUCCUUGAGAAACAGUAGAACAAACAAACAACCAUUUAUCAUCUACCCUUGUUCUACCAAUCACUGAUCAGUUCACGUGUGAUGCAAGAUUCGGGGUUUGUUUGAUCCAUACUGAUGACAUUUUGUCUCAUUGUGGAGAGGUAAAUGAAGACGUAU